AUGUUGACAAUCACCAAAACCCUCCUGCCUCACCUCCUAGCUCCCUUCCCAAAAACCAUCCAAACCGCAGCGGGAAAGGCUGUCUUCGAUCGCGCAUCCUUCGCGUAUGACAUGUUUACUGUUUUCUUCGAUGGCGAGAAGCGAUCCGGUGUGGUUGGGCGACUUGCGACGGCGCGCAGACUCGCGUUGGAGUACCUGGAACCAUUGCUCUCAUGGAAGCGUUUCGCAGUGCUGAAUAACGAAGGAUCAGUGGGCGACUUGCUCUCCUUCGUUCACCUGAUGCUCACGGAGGGAGACGAUCUCUCAAUGGCAGCCUUGUCUUCACCCUGCACUAUCGACUGCCUCAUCACGGCUGCGACGACGACCAACGACUACGAAGAGAAUCUAGAGACGUUGCCCUUCCCUGAGGGUCUCCUUUUGGUCUUGCACAAGUGCUUGGUGCACGAUGUAUCACGCGCCAUCUUCUUCGACAAGCUCUUCUCCCUUCGGCCAGCCGUGAUCCAAGUCUUCGUUUCCAAAGUCGUCAGCCUCCUCGACUACCUCUACACGAUGAUACGCAACGUCCCCCCGGGCACCCAACCCCCCGUCGACCUGAUGCACUUUGUCAACGACAUCAACGACAUCUUCGAAUACCUCUCCAUGGAUCGACGACUCGCACGAUACCUCCUGAAGGAGAACUACAUCGAAGGCUUUCUCGUCCUGGUGCUGUUCCAAUUCCCCAAGCUCAAAGAAUGGUCUGAAGACGACUACUUCGAGCCCUUCUUCCUGGAGAGCAUACUCAGCGUCUUCGUCUGGGCGAACCACCACCGCAGCGCUUCCAACAGCAUCGUCGCCGACCUCAUCGUCCGCCGACCGCUCAAAGCCGUCUUCGAUAUGCUCACCAAAAUUCGGAGAGCAGGUCAGGCGAAGACCAAGGCCGACGACGUCCUCAAUAGCGUUAUCGGGCAUCUGACCUCCAAACGCGCUCUAGCGUUUGCGACUGCGGAUACGAGAAACCAUCCGAUGGUCAAGAUGUCUACUCGGAACCACGCUGGAGUCGAGUCGUUUGGGGAUUUUGUUCAGGUUCUGAACCUCCAUAGGUUGUCCUUCCAAACUCCGUACCCGAAGAGACUUGUCCUUUGCCAGAACAUCGGGCACCUCGAUCGAGGUUUCCGCGCUCCCUCGCAAGGGGAGGGCGUUCGACAGUGCUCACGGUGCCGUUCUGUCGUAUACUGUAGUGAGGCAUGCCAAAAGCAAGACUGGGAGCGUCUUCACAAACGCGAAUGCAAGGCGAUGGCUCAAGCCGUCAGCGUCUUAAAACACGAACGCGCCUGGGUCCCAUGGCACAUCCGCCAGCGCAGCCUAUUCGUUUUCUCCGAGGUACAAAAGACACUCAACAGAUCCGAGGCACUCGCGCACAUGAAAUCGUUCGCUCGUCAGCGGGCAGGCGGGAUUCAAAACCUCAAGCGCGUCAUCAGUGGAGUCAGGGUCGAGCUGUGUCCCGUGAAUGAGCUCCAAACCGUAGACGAGUACCGGAAGAGCGGGCAGCACUUUCUGCCGCAGGCUGAGACGCGCUUCGAGAACCUCGUAGCGCACACUCAGACGCGAGAGAAUGUCUGGCUGUUUGAGGCGGAAUUUCCGUUUGGAGAUUGUAAAGUCCAUUAUCUCUGUCUGGUCGACGAAGAUUCGGGUGCUUCGUCCAAUUUUGGAGGGAGGCUUUUGAAUGGGAUGGUUCAGAUUGAGUGA